AUGACGAAAUUUUCGAGGCAAACCUUACCUGAGCAGUUUUUGCAAGCGGAAAGUUUUGUAAAUCUGGUCUGGGAGAUCUGUGAAGAAAAUUUCGAGCAUUGCUGCAACGCAAUCAAAGAAACGAUUAAUAAUAAUCUAUUUUCUAAAUCGACAACUAUAGACAUACUAUGUGCAAUAUCAAUAUUCAGACCGCGUAAAACCCGAAUUUUAUACAAAUGUAUCCUUACUUUAGCUGAUAAUUUUGAUAUUGACCAAGUAUUUUUUCGUUCAACAGCUCUCAAGUCGGCUUUAGCAGAUACAACGCACAACAACAAAUCAUACGCGUACAUCGAUGCAGAAUUAGAUGACAUUUUAAACAUUUACAAGAAAAACGAAAUUGGCUACUGUUUACUGAAUGAUGACCUCGAAAACUUUCAAAAACUUACACUGAACCAAUCAUUCGACAUAAAUACUAGAAUGGCUCUUUGCAAUGAACCUCAAUCAAAAGAAACAACUUAUCUCAACGUUGCUGCUAGAUAUGGAGCCAUAAAUUGUUUUAAGUAUCUCAAUUUAAAUGGUCUUAUGCCUGAUUCAGAUAGUUUUAACCUUGCAAUUCUCGGAGGAAAUUUUGAAAUCAUCAAAAUUCUUUCUUCAACAGCAAAUAUCACUAAUGUAAGCUUACAAAAGGCCGUUACAAGUCAUAGAAAUGAAAUUGCGCACUGGCUUAUUGAAAAUUACGAAUUAAAAUGUUCAUGGGAGUCAAUGUUACGAAACUACAAUUUUACGUUCUUCAUUGACUCAUUAUGUUCAUGUCCGACCUUAGAUACCUUUGAUUACCAGAACGAUACCCCUCUAAUUGCUUCCUGUCGAAUUGAUAUUUUAUGGCUUUCCAAAUUCUUGAUGGAGCAUACGAAAGACAUCAACCAUUACAACAACCAGAAGGUAAACGCUAUAUUAUGCGCGUCAAUGGGCAAAAACGAAGAAUUAAUAAAUAUUUUAUUAGAUAAAGGUGCAGAUAUCAAUAGCCACAAUGCGAAAGACGCAACACCAUUGAUGGUAGCUUACUCUAAUAACAGAAGAGAGAUCGCACAGUUGUUAAUUAAAAAAGGUGGAAAAACUAAUGGAGAAAGUAACGAUUUGUUCUGCGCAAUCGAACAUAAUGAUUACUGGACAGUUGAUAUGUUACUUAAACAAGGUGCUGAUGUAAACCAAACAUUUAGAAUUGAAAAAGUGACGCCUUUAUUCCAUGCUGUCUAUCAUAGAUUGGAUGAGUUGGUUAGUUUGAUACUACAAUACAAGCCGAAUGUGAAUCAGAGGGUUGGAUAUGGUCAAAUGACUGCUUUGAUGGAAGCUUGUAAAAAUGGUUCCGAAAUCAUUGUUAGAAAGCUUCUGGAAACUGGCGCUGAUGUUAAUAUGAUGGAUGAGAAUUGUCAUGAUGCAUUGUAUUAUGCAAAUUUGUCGAAUUCCAGCGAAAUUAUUAAAAUGAUAGAAGAAAAGUUAGAAAAACCAGAUGAAAAUAUAGAGAAUUAA